CUGAUUAUUUUUCGCAUAAAAGGCUACGGAUUACGUAAUUUAUGUUGUUCCUCGUCAUAACUUUAACACCUAUCGUAUCAUGUAUGACAAGAGCUAGUCUACGUACAUUCGAAGGCGUCUCGGAUUCGGGUCAUUUAGAGUUGUUGUCUACACCGAAAAGUUAUUCUGUUUGUAGGUGUGUGCAUACCUACAAACUGCUCCAGGUUAUGCGAAGAGGCUUAUUAAAGUAUGUCAUAUCGCGGCGCAUGGGACGGCGGGCCGCCUGGCGCCGAGGCGGAGUAUGCGCCGCCCUACGCAGGGGGCGCCGCCCCACCGCCUCCGCCCGUCAUGCCCACCACGGACCCCUGGACGGGCGUCAGCUAUAGUCAGUAUGGACCUCCUCCCUCCUAUGACUAUCAGAACUACGGCGCUGCCAACUACAACUACAAUUACGACGCUAACUACUACCAGCGCCCGCCUGAGAACUACUAUCAGAAAUAUCCUGAGUCGAGAGAUGCAUACUCCCGGGAUGGUUAUGACAAUGCGCCCAGGCCGUCUACCCGGCCAAGGUCUCCUGCAGAAAUUAUUGUAGUAAAAAGACGUAGAUCAUACUCUAGAAGUGUUAGUCCUUUUGAAAAGAAAGAUAGGGCAUAUUCAAGAAAAAGAAAUAGCUAUGAUGAGGGCCGGAAGACAAGAUCUCAUAGUAGGUCAAAUCAAGUUAAGAGAGAAAAGUAUUCUUCCAGUGACCGCUCCAGCUCUAGGUCCUCAUCUAGAUUGUCUCGUAAGAAGGUAAAGGGCAGGAGGACCUCCUCUGACUCAUCUGGGUCAAAUGACUCAUAUAAAAAACGAGUAGCUAGAAAAAUUAAAACUCGCGAACAUUCUUACACUCCACCUCUGAAGAAAUCUUCAUCACAUUCUAGAAAUAGAUCUAUGUCUAAACGCUCACCAAGUAAGGAUCAUUCUUCCAGUAAGUCUCCUAGGUUAAGGCAUGAUAAGGAAAAAGACAUCAAAGGAAAAGGCAAAUUGCUUCUCAGUAAGGACAAAGCUAAGAAAACAAGGGAUGUUAUAACUCCUCCAAGAAAAAUAAAAGAGGAACCUAAGACCCCUCCGCCAAGGCAAAAGCAGCCAUCAAUAACUCCACCUAGGAGCUAUCAAGCUAUCAAAAAGGAGCGAUCAACAACACCACCUAAGAAAAAGCGCCCGACUACACCAGUCCGGAAAAAUAGAGACAGCUCUCUAACACCGCCUAAAAGUUAUGCUAGAAGCCGGUCCUCGUCCAGCUCCGGGUCGGGUUCUCGGUCACCAACACCGAAGCCUAAAAGCAAACGCAAUCGCCGCUCGAGAUCGUCCUCCAGAUCGUCGAAAUCAAGGUCUAGGUCAAGAUCGAAGCGGCAUAGGUCACGGACGAAGAGUCGCUCCAAACGGCGAUCUGUAAGCAAGAGCACUCGCUCUAAGCGACAAUCAAUAAGCAAGAGCAGCCGGCCUAAACGGCGCUCCGUAAGCAAGAGCAGUCGCUCCCGGAGCCCCUCUAAAUCCAGAGGAAGACGCAGUAGGAGUAAAUCGUCAAAGUCGCGUUCCCACUCUAAGAGCUCACGCUCUAGCAGAAGCCAUAGCGGAACACCGAGCGAAGAACGUCGAGGGCAAUUCACUGUUGCUGACCGUAAGCGGUUCUGGAAGCUUCAUCGUAGUAGGCAAGAAGAAAAAAGGAAGGAAAAGCCAGAAUCUCCACCUAAAGAGGUUAAACCUCCACCAGGGGCUAUUGAACCAGCACAAGUUGAUGAUAUAGAAUAUGGUGAUCCACCUGAUGUUGAAGGGCCAAACUUUGCUGAACUUUUACCUGCUUGUCCGGCUGACCUUCAGCAACCAUCGUCUUCUAAAUCCAAGCCAGGCCCGAUACCAAUUAAAAACGAUGGCAGCUUUUUGGAAAUGUUCAAGAAGAUGCAAGAGGAAACUAAGAAAGUUGAGGAGAAGAAACCGGAAAUUAAAAAACCGGUUUUACCUUUCAUUGGGAAGAGGCGAGGCGGGCGCGUGCUUAAGACUGGUCUAGUAAAAAAAGCAAAAGCUAUAGAAGAACAACUUGCCGAUAACGCUCCUAAGGACGCUUGGUCCCUUUAUAUGCAGGAGGUCAAGAAAUACAGAGAAACCUCGUGUGAGGAGGAACGCAAAACGCGACCUCUGGUCAAAUAAUGUAGCUGCUAAAAUCAAUUUAAUGUUGUCUGUCUAGUAUAUUUUAGUCUUUUCUUAAUAAAAUUAGUUUUAUAAUAAAGUACUUUGAAUGAUACUCGCUUUCUGGGUAGGGUGACUAGUGCAAAAUCUCGUAUGGUUGAAAUUGAUUUAGAAUAUUUAUAUGAAAAUACAUAUUAUAUAAAUUUCAUUACAGUUUGCAUCUUCUUGCCUACACAGUAAGGUUGAUGUUCUUAAUUAGUAAAUCUUAAACAAUUUUAACCAUACUUAAGGUGAAACUUGCAUUUCACGAGUACAUUAAUACAUUGUUUUUAAGUUUGUACCAUCAGCAUUUGAAUGUUUUGAUUUAUUGUUGUUAUACUGGAUUCUAAUAAGAAAAUAAUAAUACAAUUCUAUUAAGAUAAAUAACAAUAUAAAACAUUUCAUUUAAUUUUAUUACUGUGAUAAUAUACCUAUUAUCACGUUGAUAAACUAAAAAAAUCCAAAAGUACCUAUGCAUACAAUUUUGUAAUUAACUGUAAUGGUACAAACCUAAAAGAAUUGAUUAUUUUAUUAGAAGUGAAAUAAUUACAGUAUUGUCUUGCUCUAAAAAUAUAGCAAUAACUAUUAAACUCAUCUUAUGUAUAACCUACGGAAGCUCGAAUUUGUUCAUCAAUAAGUAUUGUAUGUUGCUAUGCUAUGUACUAAUAACGGAAAUAUAUGUAAAAACAUGUGUGCAUUUUUAUAAAACCUGAGCGAAUUAGAUUAUCAUGAUUAGACUAAGCUCGAGAAUGAUUAUAAAUUUUUUAAAAGAAAGUAGGUGAGAACAAAAAAUAAGUUAUGUGACAAAUAGGUAACCCUUUCAUCGCCAAGAAGGUUAUUCCCACUAGUUACCACCAAGUUGUUACCAGUGGUAACUACUGGGAUUUUUUUUACCACUGGUAACUACUGUUUUUUUAUUUUUUUCCCAGUACUUACCACCAACAUAGAAUACUAUAAAUAUAGAGGCUUUAAUAAAUAACUAUAAGUCUAUAAUGUUUUAGUAAAGUAGCAAAGUGAACAAACAAUGCCUAAACAUAAACUCGGGGCUUGAUUUACCCACAGGCUAACAAGGCCUAGGGCGCAAGAGGGCGCGGCGGCGGCUCUGAGUUGAGACAAGCGGGGGGCGGAUAUACAUAGUCAGCCUAGGGCGGUCAGAACUCUAAGUCAGGCCCUGCAUAAACUGUUUAAUUAAUAAAAUCACUUGAGAAUGGAUAAUGAAAAAAAUCCAAAUGGAUAAUUAAAUUUGUCCUUAACUAUUUUAGUUUUUGCACUUGUACCGGUUAAACUGUUUUAAUAUUUUUUCGUUUGUUACCAGUGGUAAUAGGUGGGGAAAAAACUCCCAGUAGUUACCACUGGUAACAACUUGGUGGUAACUAGUGGGAAUAACCCGCCAAGAAUGCUUAAAGUCGUGAGGCAGCAAGCCCAAAAUAACUGACUAACUCUGUCAUAAUAACCCAUCCUUUCAAGUUAAAAUGCGACCUCUAGUAAAGAUGCUGGCAUUAGUUUGACUUUAUUUUAAGGUAAAUUUUGGCGGUAAAAGGGUUAUAAUAUUUUCCCUAGAAUUAUUGUAAUGUUAUUGUUUUUUUUAUUUAUCAUUAUGAAAUUUAUUUACGUGUUCCAAGUUCAUAACGGCGCCACUAACCGAAUGCUGUGCUGAUAACUGUUGGCACGAAAGAAAUCAAACUAUGUUUUAAGUCAUAACAUACACAAGUCUUGAAAAAUUCGAGUAAUUUGCGGUUGCCGCAUAUUAAUGGCUAGUUAAGAGGCCGUAAUCGAUUUUGGAGCAAAAAUGUAAAAUUGAUAGAUUUAGUCGUUGAAAUUAUACACGUUUUGUUACGUAAUAUCUAAAUAACAAGUAUUGGCUUCUGUUAGCACGUCUUCUCAUCUUGCCUUUUAAUAAUGAGGUCGCGAGCGUGCGUCACCGGUAAUAUAUGAAAAGACGGGCAGUUUUUAAAAAUUCAUCAAAAAUUUUAUGUGGUAAAUUACACAAAUUCAUGUAUAAGAAUUGUUUCAGCAAAUGUUGUAGAUUGUUUAAGUAUCAAAAUUACGUUGAUAUUAAGUCGAUUUUCAGAGAAAUUGUCACUUGUUUUGAAGUAAUUUCUGGAGAAAAUUGAUUUCGUCUAACUUUCAUUUACACUACUUCAAAGUCAUAAUAAUAAAAAUGUAGUCUGAUAAACGUCAAGUACAAGAUAUGUGUAAUACGAAAUUACCAUGUUUAGCCGUCCAAACUUUACGAAAUUUACAAAUAAGAGCGACAAAAAUCAGUGUUUUACGCGCGUUUACCUAAACGUCCAUCAGAAAAGCAAACAUAACUAAUUUAGUGAGUCUGUUUUCAAAAAAUUAAUCUGAUAAAAGGUAAGAUAAGAAGACGUGCUAAUAGAAACCAGUACUUGUUAUUUCAAUUAGGUAACAAAAGGUGUACAAUUUCACCGACGAAAUCUAUCAAUUUUACAUUUUUGCGACUAAAAUCGACACCGGCCUCUUAAGCCCUAAAGUACGAUUCCCAUCGAACGGGCGGAUUGGGAACGCAUUUCACAUUUGUACGGCUCAAGCCGGUCGGCUUCUCGCGGACGGCUCCGGACGGACUCCAUCGCUUCUGCCAUACAUAAUGUAUAAGAACAUUAAGGCAGGUUUUAGUGUCACGCGGACCGUCCGUGCGGAUCGCUCCGCACCGCCAAAUUGUAAGAGAUACCUGUCACUAAAACCCUUCCUGAAAUUAAUACAUAUUGGUCCGGUGCAGAGCAAUCGUACAGGUUUUUAAAGGGUCUGCAACGCGCGUGUAAUAUCUCCGGUGUUGCAGGCGUCCAUAGGCUACGGUAACUGCUUACCAUCGGGCCGUAUGCUUGAUUGCCACCGACGUGGUAUAAAAAAAUAAAAAAUCGGCACGGACGGUCCGCGUGACACUAAAACCCGCCUAAAAAUACGCUCCGGCGCGGCCUGACUCCAGCGGUCAGUGGGAAUCGUACAUUACUCAUUUGAUAGUUCUAACAUCUAGCGUGAUACAAUUAAAAUAAAACUGCACGGACUUGGAAAUGGAUGGAAUGGAUGAAAGUAUACGAUUAUGUUUAUGAAUGUAAAUAUUCAUGUUUGUUUACAGUAUAUAUUUUUAGAGCUUUAUAGCUGCAAGUUACCUACCUAGUUGGGAGUUGGCAGACUUGGGAGUUGUUAAGUACUGAUACCUACAGUAUUUCCUGUUAACAUUUCGGUGUAGACUUACCUAUCGAGUCCUGUUUAAUAGCUCCAUUCAAAGUGUGGUGCCCUUUACACCAUCACCUCAGUUUUUAUUCGUGCCCUUUAGUUACACAAAAUCAAAUCAUAAGCCAGGGUAAUUGCAUCUAUGGGGCAAAUGCAACUACUCUAAAAAUACGACAAUAAAUUCUAGAGCUACAGCCACUGAACUUGUAAUCAUGGCACAUUUUCACCAGUCAAGAGUUCACCCAUGGUAUAAGAUAAGUAGCUGUAACUCUAGUCUCACUUCUUGUAUUUUUAGAGUAGUUGCAAUGCAGCUGACCUUGCCUAAGUAUUUGGAACAACCGUAGCCUUCUCUAAUAGCGUUAAGAUUUUUUUAUUCGACAUCAGCAGUGUAUCGUGCGUUAUUUUAUGUACCAUGUUUAUCUCUAUAGCUGGUUAUUUUAUACCGUUAAACAUGACUUUAAUAAAGAAUUAUGAAGAUA